ACUCGCCAAGUAGAACAAAUAUGAUUCACAUUCAAACAAUUGAAUAGGUGAGCUGUCCACCAGCAGCGGCGGCGGUGAACGCGCUUCGUGAGCGAAAUGAAGAAGCAACUCACACGAACUGCUUCGCUCGCUCCCGAACUCACUCGUUCGUAGUAUCUGUCAUUAUUAAUCCGGAAAUUCUCCGUGGGAAGGUAUUGUUUGGUUCCGAAUCUGGACAGAAUCUACAGCGUUGUUGCUCCACCUUCAGAGGACGAUGCCGACUCACUCGCUGCCUCAGUUUGUGGAGAGCCCAGAUGGACUUGCCCAAGAUAUUCUUAUUUGUAACAAUGCAAGUGUUCCUGGACCCGGCUGUAGCAUGACACCGCACACCAUUUACUCAGAAAAGGCUGUGUUGCAAUCCGGAGGAAGCGCACCACUGUCGUGUAUGUUCUGUGAUCAGACUUUUACUCAUCAGGAUGAGCUGGGACCGCACGUAUUGACGCAGCACCCCACGACUUUCUUUGAACCGGCCGUGCUCAGAGUUGAAGCCGAGUUCCGGAUCCCAGGAGAGCGACCGUGGCCCAAACCGAGCAACUUCCCCGAAGAUAAAGAAGAGGUUCACAGCUGUAUUGUGUGUGGUCAGGUGUCACAUGAUGCCACUGAGCUGGAGACCCACACGAGGAAGCACAAGGACUACUUCACUUACUGCUGCAGUGUCUGUGGUCGUCGGUUUCGAGAGCCGUGGUUCCUCAAGAAUCACAUGAAAAUGCAUGUUAAAUCGGGAGCAAAGGGAAAAGCCCAGCAAGAUCUGGAGAUCCCCGUCACAGUCAACGACAUCGUCCAAGUCCAUGCUCCAGAACCAGUCGUCACUGUUUACAAGAUGUGCAUGGUGUGUGGCUUUUUCUUCCCCGACCAUGACAGUUUGGCGGAACAUAGUCAAGUUCAUAAUCGAGAGGCGGAGCCAGGCAAAGAUACAGACGAGGAGAAAAUGGAUGUCACUACUGAAUCCUCUGCCGGGCAGGAAUCAUUUCUCCACGGCCUAAACCUUAUGCCUCGAUCUACAGGAAAAAGUUUGCAACUUGCAAGAUCAUCAAAAUGGAUUCCUCAGCUGGAUCCCUUCAACACAUACCAAGCCUGGCAACUUGCUACGAAGGGCAAGAUAGCAGUCGGUCCUAAUAAUAUUAAAGACAUUGGCCAGGAGGCCAGCACAGACAAUGAAGAAUGCAGCUCUGAUAAGGAGGAGUUGAGUCACAUUUGGGCCGAGGGACAAGGAGACAAGGCGACAAAACCGAUCCUCGGGAGAGAGCUCAAGCCUCAGCAGCCGACUGUCGUGGAAAACACAGCCCCGCAGCGGCGGUCUCUAAUGCAAAAAAACAAGGUCAAAGAAAGGCCAACCACUUGUCAUGAAUGUCAGAGAACCUUCAGGACCUACCACCAGUUGGUUCUCCACUCCAGGGUCCACAAGCGUGAGAGAGGCGGCGAAGAGAGUCCGACUUCCUCCGUCGAUGGGAAGUUGUCGAGAGCUGGCUCCAUUGAGCAGACGGAGGAGGGCUGUGAGGAGGGCCUCGAGGAAGCGGCAUCGACGGAAAACCUGGCUCCAGGCGAAGAUGGCUUUGACCGAUCAAAAGUCCGAUCGAAAGCAUGCAGUUACUGUGCCAAGUCCUUCCGGUCAAGCUAUUACCUCACAGUUCAUCUCAGGACUCACACAGGUGAAAAACCAUUCAAGUGCGCUUACUGCGACUACGCCGCAGCCCAGAAGACGUCGCUGAAAUACCACCUGGAUCGGCGUCACAAGGACAAACCCUUCGUUGACAUUCCCAGCAGACCUGCGCCUUCGGUGCCCUCUCCUCGAAAACACGCAAAUGACAAUGACACUCCUGCUCCAAAUAGAUCCAAACUUUGGGUCCCUGCAACCCGAUCGUGCACCAAUGGAACCCCAGUGGACAGAUUUGAUAGCAGUAGUAGCAAGCUUGGCCAACCACCCGCACAGAUCAAUGCCGAGUAUGGUAAAUUAAUUGCCCCGUCUGCCUCCUCCCCGACUGCCGAUGGAGUCAUCGAGUGCCCCAAACCUGUUAACCUGAAGAUGGAAAUGGAGGAGAUAAAAGACGAGAACUCUGAGGCCCCGUUAAAUCUGUCCCUAAAAGUGUCGCUCUCCAUCCCCGCCAGUGCGGAACCCAGAAUAGCGUUGAUUCCAAUCAGCUGUUCGUUUUGUCCGUAUAAAACCAUGUACCCCGAGGUUCUGAUGAUGCACAAGAAGCUCACGCACAAAGAGCAGUCGGACAACGCAAAAAAGAACGGCUUUGGUAAUUUGAAAGAGAAACGUUUCACAGGUUGCCCCCCCGCGCUCGAAGGAAAAGAUGUCGGUCCGCUUACGAUGCUCGACCGCCGCCACCCACGUCGGACCAAGUCCCCGCCCCCCCAGCCUGCAAAACCAGAAGAAAAGACGCCUGUUAAAGCAGCGCAUGUUCCGAAGCGGUCCCCCGGCCACACGCCCGCCGCACACGAUGUUGUCGAAGAGACCCCGGUGCGUUGCGCACCAAACGUCGACACGCGUCCCACUCAGGAAUCCUCCAGGUAUACGGAUCUCAUGAGGAAGUCCAACACGGCGAGCAAGUACGCCAUGGAGCGACCCGGCCCCCCGGACAGAGUGGGGAUCGGCGAGAGGAGUUACCCGGCGAGGAGCGGCGUCAUUUGGCACGCGGACGCCGCCAGGCUGUGCCUGUCGACCCGAUUCGGGAGCCUCCCCCAGAUGGACUUUGGCGAGCCCUCAGGCAAGAGAUUGAAGUACGCGCUUCCAAAAGGCCGGGAGGCCGACGCCGGCGAGAAGCCUGGCUUCAGAGGCCCGGCAGGGAACGCCUCCAACAGGCUGCUCCUCACGGGGAGGAGCGUGAAAACCGCGUCCCAAAUGUCGUGUCCGUCCGCCGUGUCUGACGCCUUGGGUUCUUUGACGUCUUCGGCGGCUAUUGGGGGAGGCUUGGACUCCGAGUGGAGCAUGAUGAACCUGCUGCGCUCCUACACGCCUAGUGACCUGGCGUCUCUCUACCAUGGCUCACCAGUCAACCCGGGUCAUGGAGGACUGGCCAACCCAAGAGCAGGGGGCAGAACUGUGCUGUACCAACACUUACCCACCCUGUCCAACCUUCAGAGGAGAGACCCGUCGGGCCCUUUCCCUAAUCAACGCUACGGGACCACUGACAAAAAUACCUAAAGUUUCACCGAGGUAGAGGUUGAAACAUAUUUUGUGAAGGACAGACAAUUAGUGCUUCCUUUUUUUCCUCCUGAUUUUCAAACCCUGACCAGAAUAAUUGACCUGGUACUUGAUAAGAAACGAACCGAGUCAUAUUUGAAAACGUAAAGUAUAUUUUUCUUCUCUCUCGAUUUGAACGUUACUGCUCCCUUAUUUUGGAGAAUUUCUUGGAUGAAUUUGGUCAAUAUUCAGAUUAAAGAAUUUCAUAUUUUUUCAAUCGAGGGAAACUGCAUUGCAUAAAUGUUUUUUCACCCCCAUUUCUUUCUUUUUUGAAUGAAAAGGUGUAUCGGCUCUCUUUUGGAAAUGUUAUUUCUCUGGUGUGCACCGUGACAUUUGUUUCCAUUCAGAACUGUUGCUUGCUCCGUAUUUGACCCACACCAAUGCUCAGAUAUCUGUAAGUGUCUGUGACAUGACGGUAAACUUUGUAUGUGGGAUAACUUAAAGAUACCUGUAAGCUUUCAGUACAUAUAAAUUAUAUAAAGCAAAAAACUUAAAAUGUGUCUCAGAGAUUUGCUGCUUUGUUCACUUACUGUUGAAGUCCAGGCAGUAAUGAAGCACUAUUCUAUUUUACCCUUUUUCAAGGCACUGAAAGUUGGGGAUUUUUUUGUUUGUUAAUAAAUAAGUAUAAUGCUUGAGACUCGGUGGUUUACAAACGGGCAACAGCAACCCGUCCCGUGUUUGUUAAAGCGGUCUACCUCAUGUUGCGCUCCACAUGCUGUUGAUAUUGUAAAGCUGCUGUAGCCCUCAUGUCAGCUGAGCCUCCGCACCCAGCUGUCUAUCCACUAGAGACAGAUGUUUUGUAGUAUAACUAGACGGACAUGUGUUUUCCGGGUGUCGGGGUGCUUGUCAGGCACCACAUAAAACCAACUUGUGAGGUACAGAAGAACUACCGCCGAGGCCACAUCGGCCGACGGCACAUGAUUAACUGUCAGGCCGAGGAGUUCUGUGACAUACUUGGUAUCGACAAGCCCAGUUUUAGACAGAACGGCUCUCCUGGUUAUUAUUUGUCCUUUUUGAAACGGCAAAUGGCUAUCCUCUGCGUUAGCGGUGCCUUAAAUCCAUGAGCUGUACCGCGUGCCAGAUUUCACAAGGUGUGUUUGUGUGUUAAAUGGUCCUGCUGUAUUAUUUAGACUGCACAUUUAGUCACUUUCAGGAGGUUUGCUUUACGACGCAGAGUCUUGAAAUGGUGCUUUAGUUUCAAGUGGCAGCAGUCGGUCCCAGCUGGUCAUCAAGUGGUCUUUUUUAGAUGUUGCAACACUGUAGUUUGGAGAGAAAAAAUACAGCUAUGUUGAGUAAUGGCUCGAUUAAUUACACACUGUGAACAAAGUCUCAGGUUAACUCAUUCAUGAGCCGUUUGGCUAUUGUGUAAUUUAGUAUUUUUGCCACUUGAAAGGCUGGGGUUAAGUUAUUUCUUUUUUUUUUUGGGAGGAGGGAGGUUUUGGUAUUCACAUUACUUGUGUACUUUAUGUAAAGAAUGAAAAUAUUGUUUGAGAUUUGUAUGACACGUUUCAAUAAUAAAGUGAGACGAAAAGCUG